AUGGCCUCGCCGCACGACCAUGAUGCGGUACCAUCCGCCACCGCUCUCGACCUUAACUCCGAGCCUGGAAUCGGCGCUUCAGCCGCCGACGAUGCUACCCUCAAGAACGUGACUGCAACCGCGCCGCAGGACGGUGCCGCUGCAGAAGCUGGUGCGCCGAUGCAGGAGAAGAACGUUGGAGACGCUGCCGUGGAGCCCGAGAAGGAGAGGAGUAAGGCCAAGAUUGCCAUUAUCAUGUUUGCCCUGGGAAUGGCCGUCUUCCUCGCUGCAAUGGACAUUACCAUCAUCACCACCGCCCUGCCAACAAUCAGCGCCCACUUCCACUCAGCUGCCGGCUACACCUGGAUCGGCUCAGCCUUUAACCUCGCCGCUGCUGCCUCGACGCCACUCUGGGGCAAGCUCUCCGACAUUUUCGGCCGCAAGCCAGUCCUGCUCGUGGCCAACAUUGUCUUCUUCAUCGGCUCGCUGAUCGCCGCCGUGGCCGUCAACAUCGGCAUGCUCAUCGUCGCCCGCGCCAUCCAGGGCGUCGGCGGUGGCGGGCUGAUCAUCCUGGUCAACAUCGUCAUCAGCGAUCUCUUCUCCAUGCGCAGCCGCGGCCAGUAUUUCGGAAUUAUCGGCAUGGUAUGGGCACUGGCAUCCGCCCUGGGCCCCGUCAUCGGCGGUGCCCUCACCCAGCGUGUGUCGUGGCGCUGGUGCUUCUACAUCAACCUCCCGCUCGACGGCCUCGCUUUUGCCAUCAUCUGCUUCUUCCUCGACGUGCACAACCCGCGCACGCCCAUCGGCGCCGGCCUCCGCGCCAUCGACUGGACCGGCUCGCUCACCGUCAUCGGCGGCACCGUCAUGCUGCUUCUCGGUCUCGAGUUCGGCGGCGUCACGCACCCGUGGUCGUCUCCCACCGUCGUCUGCCUCAUCGUCUUCGGCCUCGUCACCAUCGGCGUCUUCCUGGCGCUCGAGUGGAAGGUCGCGAAGUACCCCAUCAUGCCUCUCCGCAUCUUCUCCAACGUCUCCAACCUCGCCUCCCUCGGCGUCUGCUUCCUGCACGGCUUCGUCUUCAUCUCCGCCACCUACUACCUGCCCCUCUACUACCAAGCAGUCCGCGGCGCUGGCCCCAUCCUUUCCGGCGUCUACCUCCUGGCGUUUGCCCUCUCCCUCUCCAUCGUCUCCGCCGCCACGGGCAUCGUCAUCAAGAAGACCGGCGCCUACCUUCCCUGCAUCAUCUUCGGCUUCGUCUUCCUCACCCUCGGCUUCGGCCUCUACACGAACAUCGACGCGCACUCGUCCUGGACCAAGAUCAUCCUGUACCAGAUCGUCGCGGGCAUCGGCGUGGGCCCCAACUUCCAGUCGCCGCUCAUCGCGCUGCAGGCACACGUGCACCCCCGCGACAUCGCCACGGCGACGGCCACGUUCGGCUUCGUUCGCAACCUCGCCACGGCCGUCAGCGUCGUCAUCGGCGGCGUCGUCUUCCAGAACGAGAUGCAGAAGCACCAGGGGGAGCUGACGCAGUCUCUCGGCCCCGCGCUCGCGAGCCAGCUCGCCGGCGGCUCCGCGGGGGCCAAUUCCGAAAUCGUGAACACCCUGCCGGCCAGGCAGCGUGAGGUCGCGCGAGAGGCGUUUGCCGACAGCCUGUCGCAGAUGUGGAUCGUGUACGUGUGUUUUGCGGGCCUGGGGCUGCUCGUGAGCUUCUUGAUCAAGAGCAAGACGCUCGCGAAGAGCCAUGCGGACCAGAAGGCCGGCGUCGAGGCGGACGAGGAGAAGAGGAGGGUGCUGAAGAGCUCGGCGAGCAAUGGCCGGAAGGGUCUGCUGGAGUCCCGCGCCACGGCCAAGACGGGGAUGACGGGGCUGACGGGCACGACGGUGGGGACGGCCGGGACGGUGGACGUGGAGAAGAGGUCGUUGGAGGGGGAUGUGGGUGAAGAGGGGAGAAAGAGCAGUGGAAGUGCGAGUGCGAGCGCGAGCGCAAAGGAUGUCCCGGCUUGA